AUGCUGGAUUCCGAAGUAUUUCACUGUAUUAUCAGGUCAGAAUCAGAAACUCAAUUCAAUUCAGUCUCACAAGCAAGACACAAACCAAACCACAUCUCGACCACAUUUUUACUACAAACUAUAUAUCUAUUUUUAUAUAUCAAAAUGCGAGCAGUCUUCACCCUCCCCCACCGCCCCGCCAUCCGAAACUUCCUCUCAAUCGCACAGCCCUACAGCUACGGCUACGGCUCUGCUGCAUCCUCCAUGGCCCGCGCAUUCUCAGCCGCGGCGCUGUUCUCCGUCGUUGUCCUCCCAUUUGUUCCUCCGGCAGUUAUGAGUGCGAAGGCGAAUGGAGGCAAGAAUGCAAUUACCAUGCCUGCACACCCGUCCGCUCGGAUUUACGGGCAGAGGGGGGUUCGGAUGGUGUGA